AUGCAGAGGAUCGACCUAAAGGAUAAUGCAACAACACGCCGCAAUGCCAAUACUCCGCCCAAUUUCACGCAAAACUCAUCGCUGGAAAAUUUUUCGUUCCAAUAUUUUGUGGAGGAAUGGGAUGCGGAUCAGUGUUUAGCCUGGAUUAAAGGAGUUUGCGAAGAAGAUCUGCGCCCAUUUUUCGCCACCAUAGCUGAAAAUAUCACAAGCGGAAAGCAGCUGCUGAUUGUUGAUGAUGAUUUUCUUACACGGAUAGGGUUAAAUCAACUUGGCCCGCGUCGAGUUUUGUGUCAAGCUAUACAACUCUUAAAUCAGAAUUGCUACGAGAUGUCCGACGAAAACCUCCAGUUAUUAGCAUUAAGCGUUCGAGUAGCUGCUUUGCAUCUCGUGAAUGAGAUGGAAGCAGCACAUCGGGCUAAAGAACGAGCAAAAGCUAGAAUGGAGGUAUGGAAAUUAUUUUUUAUGCAAAUUAUUCAAUUUCCGAUCGUCGUCCUCAUCAACGAAAUCUCGAAAGUUGUCUCUCACCUCGUAGAAACCUCUAGAAAACUUGUAUUUUGGUUGGACAGGGCCCCGUUCGACGCUAGCGUCACCUUUAUCGACUUUCGGAGACGAGUCCUCGAUGCUGUACUGGCCAUUAUGUCAAUGACAAAUGUCGCUCCAAAGGAAAUAUUUACAAAUAGCGAGAAGAUUAUUACCAAAGCCAUUGAUCUCCAAAACAAUUGUGAUUGGAUUAUCAAAGAUUGUGAUGACUUUUUUAUGGUUCAUACAAAUAGCUCGAGAAAGAUCACGAUACGGAGACGAAAAGUUGAUACUCCUUGGGGCUUUAAUCUGAUUUCCACAUUUCGAGGUCGGCACAUUAUCUCUGAGAUCAAGGUGGGCUCACCGGCGGAUUUAUGCGAUAAUGCCGACGCCGGGGAUGAGAUCCUGGCGAUCGGUGAUGAGACUGUAGUCGGAUGGGAAUUGGAGGGAGUCGCUAAACUGCUACAAGAUAUUGAGCAUCGCACUGAGCUCGUGUUAUUGUUACGGAAGAUUCCUGUCUCGUUCGUUCCGACUCUGGCUUCAUUGUUUCGAGUCCGGGAUCAGCCAAAGCCAAAAGCUCUACGCCUACUAACAAGUAUGGCACCCGGGAGUCUUGUUUCUACUGUUGCUGUUGACGCCGAGGAGGAGGAGCCGAAAUUUUUGCCUGAGAUGGAACCCCGAACCCCGAUAAAACGGCGAAGAUCAUCCACCUUCAAGACCGUUCUGCUGAAAAUGCGAAAAGGAGAGAAUCGAAAUGGUGCUGGUGGGCAGGCGGGGCAAAUUGAGCGGACGCUAAUGAUGCGACGGAGAGCGACGGUGUGUGGUGGUAGCCCACCCCCAGUUAGGACAACACAUCACACACAUCUUGACUUGAUUGCCUUGUUGAAGACGAGCUCGAUUCACGAGGCCGGCGCCCGGGGUGUAAUCCGUCGCGCGCGUACCAUGCGUCACCAACCUGACGGCUACGUACGCUCAUUUGUGGACAAUCAACUCGUCACCCCGGUUGAUGAUGAUAUCGUAGAUGAUCAACUUCCCUUCAAUACCAAAUGCCCUACCGAAUUUGCAAAAAUUGACGUCAUCCCUCCUCCCGACGUGGCUGCGCUAGGGAUACCAAUUGCAAAAACCAGCGACCCAGAAUGGUGUGCUCCAAUUCGAGAGGCCACUUCCACUCGAGAGAUGCGAUAUCGGGCCCCGAUGUCUGAUAGUGCGAUUACGGCUAUAAGCUUGGAGUCACCGAGUGUUCGGAAGACGAUCGAUGACUCUGUAUGGGGUUGGGGUCUCCAGGGACCUGUCCUAGCUUCACCCUCGUCCUCUUCCAUUGCUAGCCUUCAUAGCCCUGCUGCUACUCCAUCAAGCCGAACCCACCUCCUCUCACCAUUUAUCUUUGAUGGUGCCAGCCCUCCAGCCAGUGAUACCCCAUGCACCUUACUACAAGGAAAAACGUUCGAAGGAUGGUUGCGGCGAAGAAAAACCCAUGAAGAACUGGCGCUGUCGGGCGGAUCGAGCACUAACAAAUGGCCGAAAUGCUGGAUGGCACUACGAGCGCCUUUUCUUUACGUGUAUCCAAACCAAUUUUCGAAAAAAGCGGAUCUGGUUAUUAGCGUAAUUCGAUGUGCCGUCACUGAUGCGACAGAUUUGAAAACGAGCAAGAAAUUUGUUUUUCGAAUCCAUCGAGGGCCUGUCUCGCAUUAUUUCUCAUGUUAUACUCAAAAUGACAUGAAAACCUGGAUGCACAAAAUUAUUGUGGCAAUUGAGCAACAUGGCAUUCAGCCAAAACCAGCUACUAAAUCGCUCUCCCAUUUAUCGAGCGGUGACGGCGAUUCGGAGAGUCAAGCGGGGACCCCGGUGUCUCCUGGAGACUAUACGAAUAACUGCCACAUUCCCUCCCCACCACCCUUCACCCCAAAAUCCCCUCCAUCU